AUGCCUAACUUCUUUUUGGUAGCUGGAGCUACACAGUUAUCAGUAGCGUUGUUAAACGUUAUCAUACCAGCCGUUGCAUGGUUAACAACAGGAAUUAUAUCAGCUACUACGGUUCCUGCUACAUAUUUUUUGGGUCCAGGUGUGGUUGGCAUUACCCUCGCUACUUCGGCCUUUUCAUGCUUUAUGGCAAGAAAUAAAGCACUUGAUACAGUGGUUGCAGGCAUUUAUGUUUUUUCACUACUUGCUACAACAUAUUCUAUUAGCAGUAUUUUAAUGUUUAUUAGUGUUAUAGUACGGUUGGCUACUUCAAAUCUAUUAAAUACUGCUGUUGGAGCUUUGAUUUUCACCUUGGUUACCAUCGCUAUUUUAUGUGCAUCUAUGGGUGUUGCUAUAUGGGUCAUUUACACAGCAAGAAAAAUGUUACUCAAAUCUGACUCUGUACAAUCAGUUGACAAUCCUGAUUCCCCGCCGACCGUAGCUGAGCCAACAAACUGUUUAACAGAUAGGACAUUGGCCAUAUUAGAAAUGUCAGCCGGUAACUUACUUGUAAUAACCCCGGGAGUAGCAAUAUUCUUCCCAUCUAUUCAAAGACUGUAUUGUGUGUUACCGCUAUAUGCUGGAUCAUUGCUGAUUGCUUCUGGAAUGAUGGGAUAUGAUUAUACAACUAAGAAAAGAUAUGCUCUUAUGUUGUGGUCGUUUGUUAUGACUCGAUUAAGCCUGCUAUUAACUACUGUAGCUAUCGCUGGAACUGGAUUCUAUUUGGGCAUCACUGUUGGAAGUGGUUCUACAGCUCCUACUAAUUUAGCUCUUAUUUCAUUAAUUCUGUUGGUUAGCAUUUAUGGCUUUAUAAUAUCUAUUGUAUCGUUGGUUGUUACACGUAAGAGACUUGGGAUAGUUUGCAGUUGUAACUUUAAUGUCAAAGAUAUGGAGUUUAUAUUUGGUGUGACAAUGGUGGUAUUAGGAGUAGUAUAUGCUAUUGUAGCAGCGGUUGGAUUAGUUUUGUUUGCAGCUCGCUAUUUUACAAUUGUUGGAUUUUUCGUUGCAUGCGUGGAAAUUUCAUUUGUUGUGAGAUCAGUCUUGUCUGCCAGCUUUUCCGUUGAAUGUGCAGUAUUGACAAUUGUGGAGUUUAUUGCCUAUUUGCGUUUAAAUCCAUCUUCCGGCCUUCUAGUACGCGGAGUUGCUAUGAUGGCUACAAUUCUUGUAUUUAAUAUAGCCACAUUUGGUGUAGCAGUAGCGGCUACCGUGAAAACAGGCAGAAAACAUCAAUUGUGCGGUAUUUCUUCCCAGACUGGCCCAUCUGAAGCUGAAUCAUAA